AUGAACCUCCUAGCAGUGUUGAUCCACAUUCUUGCCCUGGAGGAGGCCAGCGAGCACAGGCCUUUGGAUAGGCUCGCGACACCAAACCCUUUCACGGGUGGGACGAGGGUUGGGCCGCUGUGUGGAGUGGCAGGCCAGGAAGGAACGCCAAUGAUUGAGGCACCUCGGAAAAUCCCCUGGAGCGGGAGAGGCCACACUCAACUUCUAAAUCCCACCAUUCUUCAAGUUAAUACAGUCACUCCGGACGGAGAAACUGUCAGCGCUUCCAGCACCUCGUUUAUAUUCUUUGAGGCUGUUCUGCAACAUGUGAGGGGAGUGGUCGGUGGCUAUGAAGGACACAAGCAUUUUGAGGCUUCACGUAUGCAAAAGCUUAGCUGGAAGGCCUGGUAA